CGUGGUCCACAAACACCUGUUUGCUACCAUCACCAACUGCAUGAAGAGAUACGACUCAAAUCUGAACAAGAAGAACCGUAACUUGGUGGACACCCGUUUAGAGAAUCUGCAUGUGCGCGCAGAGUAUGAGGAGAAUUUGCCGGGCUCGCGGAAAGAGCUGUCCAAGCUGAACGACUUCAGUACGCCUCUCGAGCGUCUACAGUGCCUCAAACAUGUCGUGACGCUUCGUACGAGGCCUGUGGAAGCUGCAAAAAGUGACGACACUCUUCAUUUGGCCGCACUAUAUGUCCAGGAAGGACUUAUAGACAUUUUAUCCAAGAACGGUUGCCUUGCUGAUGCCUCCGAUGUCCUGGGCCGCACUGCACUGCAUAUGGCGGCAUCUAAGGGACAUCAAAACAUCAUUUGUGUGAAAGCCAUUCUGUUCUUGGACAGCCUAAGGAGUCGUGUUGAUGUAAACGCAGGCAAUGAUUUGGGAGAGACUCCACUGCACUUGGCUGCUAAGUGGGGAUAUGAGUAACGAGUACAAUGGAUUCCUGUAUGAUGAAAUGCAGGGCAUUACCCUAGUAAGCUCUACCCUCCUGGCUAUGGACAAGAAACAGAAACCCUUCACUAGACGACCCUGCAUUGCUACGUUCAAGAUCAGCGUUUUUGACUGCGCACUGGUAAGUGUACAUCUGAAGGCAACCGGUCUGGAGAAUGAGGACAUCGGUCGACUGCAGGCAGAGAUUGACAAUAUCCCCAACCUUAUAGAGGCCAUUAGGACCGCUCGGCCAGAUUUUGAUGAUCUUCGAAAUCUAGGCUAUCUCAAUUGUAUUGCCGACGGUGUCUUCACAAACAUAAGUGACGCCAUCAAAAAAGGCAGCAAGACAUACGAUAACAUCUGGAUAUCUAUACAGACAAAACAAGUGUUCACUGGUCAAUGUGACGUCGUAAGAGAGGGCCUGUCCAGUCCCUGGAUCCCCAAAGGCUGGACGUGGGUCGGGGUCGUGAGUGACCACUGUCCAGUGUGGGCCCAGUUCUACACGGGCCGUGACCUUGACACUGGAGACCUGAAGAUCGGACCAGAGGUUAUUAAAUUUGCACUGACUGACUGAUGUUUGUAAAAGAUUAGAAUAUUACACCUGUUACUCUGGUUAUGUGACAGACAUCACUGAUAUCGAAUUGGUGAUGCAAUUCUUCAAACAGUAAACAGUGAAAAUAUUCCACACUUUUCAUUAUGUCAUUGCUGUGAAAAUCGCCAUUUAAACUACUUUAAAAUGGAAGCCAAUAAUAAACUAAUAAGACAAAAUUAACCAGAGAUUGAACAUUUUUGUGUUUUAAUAUCAGAAAUAUUCUCUUGGUCAAAUGUUAACAAUUUAUUUAGCAAAUUUGUUCAACAUGUUAUGGUACGUGAAGUUUUGAGAUGUUGAUGUUAUUUUAUGUUUUGAUGUACUGCUGAUUUCACAUUAGGUGUACCAUUCUUGGGAAUGUGGAAAAAUAGUGAAUGCCACAUUUGUUUUUAAGUAGAUUAUGUGUUCCGUGUUAAAGUAAAGCGCUCAAUUUACAACAUAUGAACCAAUAAACCAUAUUGUAUUACUUACACGUUAAUGUCUACCGGUAUAAUUCUUAAAAGUUUUGCUUUAAUGUCAGAAAUAUUUUGUAUAAUUCUUUUUUCAAUAUAGCUUACAAUACCAAUUAGAUUGCGUUAAUUUGUUUGAAAACACAAAAUAAAUUAUAUUUAUAAUAUCAAAAUUUGAUAACGUUUUGUUGUUUUAACUUUGAUAUAGCAUUUCUGCUGAAUUUCACCAUUCUUAGAAAUGUGGAAAAUAGUGAAUGCCACUUUUGUUUUCAAGUAGUUUGUGUGUUCCUUGUUAUAGUAAAACGCUCUAUUCACAACAUAUGAACAAAUAAACCAUUUUUAAUUACUUGCACAUGAAUGUCUACGGUAAUUAUAAUUGUUAUAAGUUUUGCUUUAAUGUCAGAAAUAUUUUGUAUAAUUCUUAUUUCGAUGUAGCUUACAAAACCAUUUAGAUUGUGUUGAUAUGGUUGAAUACACAAAACAAAUUAUAUUUAUUUUAUCCUCAAAAUUUGAUAAGGUUUUGUUGUUUUAACUUUGAUAUAGCAUUUCCGCUGAAUUUCACUAGUUUGUAUUAUUUGUUGCUUCAUUUUAAUAAUUUAAUGAUCAAAAUAUUGUAUGAUAACAUUUUUCGAUUGAAGUUUCAAUUUUAUGCAGUGCAGUGUGGAGCGGAAAAUGCAAUUUUUUUAAAUGAAGCACCCGUUAAAUGCAUAAUUGUCAUCAUUUAUUUGAUCCUGUGUAUUUAAUAUUUAUAAAUGAUAUUAUGUCUUAUUGAAAUCUGUAAUAAUAUAUAUAUAGUUCCCUGUAUGAAUUUGUUAUAGAUUAAAAUGAAAUGUUUUGUUUCAUUUGGGAAUAUUUCAUAGACACCAUGUUUUUGUCUGUUUAAAUUAAUUGUAUACAUUGUUGUAUUUUGAACAAUAUUAACAUUAGUAUUAAAUGAGCGUCUAGAAAUAGCUAAGGUGUAUGUAUCGGGAUGAACUUAUUUUAUUUGGGUUCAUUUACAUUCAAGUAGAACAAGUAGAAUGCAUUUUUAAGGUGUUUAUUGUUAGUUUAUACCGUAGUACUUUUAGAUAAUAUGAUUUCCAAUAAUGUAGUUGUAUUUUGCUUUUGUUUGUUAUUGCUAAAUAAAACUUAGAGUUUCAUAUAGAUAAUAUUUGGACAAUGCUACAUAUAUAUGCCUAAUGGAAUGUGUCCUGCAUUUAGAAAGUGACUUCAUAUAAACAUACUUGAGCUGUGAUUUGAAAAAAUAUGGAUUCAAUACAAAGCGUAUAGGAUUUUCCCAGAUGAGUCUAUGAAGUUUACAAGCGCUAAUAAGGGACGACAGUUUCUCUUGCUUUUAUUAAAUUUCAGUCUUCAGAAGUUAAUUAGAGGCCAUUCGUUAUAGGUCAAUAUUUAUGCAUCUAAAACUUGAGAAUAAGCAGCAACAGUUUAUGGUCUAUGAUCAAUUACUUAUGAUUGGAUUAAGAUAAAGUGCUGAAGAUUUGUAGAAGUGUAUACCCAGCUUACAUACCCUACCUGGAUUCCAUUUCGAGCCAGUUGGGAUAAAGUCUAUGUCACUAUUAUUAAAAUUAGACAAACUACACUCAGUAACACCGCUUUUAUAUUAGGGUAUUGUUCCUAAAAUGUAUGAAUUGUUAGCUUACGUGUAGACGUAGCUUGGGAAAACUAGAUAAAAGUCGAAGUCACUGUAAGUUAAUUAAAAAAUUCCGCUUACAUAACUUAAAUUGUAUGAAGAAUUUCCGCUGUUUUUUGUAGGUGUAGGUAGAUUCCACGCAGUCUUAGGUGAUGUAAGCGUGUAUUUUAAUCCAUCUGACACCUUACAUGUAAAACAGAAUUAGUUUGCAUUAUAUUUAAUUGAGUCUUAUAAUAUCAGCAUAUUGUUCCUACUGAAAAUGUUUGUAAGGACAGUGUAAAUUGCAAAAUAGUGUUACUUGUCUUUUAUUCAAGAAAAUACUGUGGGUAUACCACGUACACUACUUUAUGUAUGGAUCCACCUUUUGUCUUCUUGAUCUCGACUGCUCAGUAUACAUGUUUUCCUUAUACUUAUACUGUCUUGAACAAUUUUAGGUAACAGCUAAUUUCAUAAAACAAAAUUGCCACAUAUUAAUGCGUAGUUUAUUAUUAUGUAACAUGAAACUUUUCUAUGUGUCAUAAAAUACAACAGUGUAUGAAACCAAUUUGCCAAAACACUUUUUAAUUUUAAUUUCUAAAUCUUGUAAUAUAUAAAUGUGUGUCUUUUGUGGCACUAUAUAAUGUUGGCAAUGUAUGCUUAUUAGUUUCUAUUAAACGCAAAUGUUAUUAUUUAUUUAAAUAAAGACUAAUAAUAAAUAAUGUAAACAAUGUACUUUUUUUUAUAUUAAUGACCAUUUUUCAAGUAUUUGUAAAUAGUCCUAAAAGCUUAUUUUGUAGUAUUAUUUACUAACAUUAUUUGAUGUUUCUUAUAGGCACAUUUAUUUAUUUCGAACUUUCUCCCUCGGUAUUCUAACCAGGUCCAAGCGGGUAAUGUUCAUAUCUUUAAAACACAUCAUUCACGGCAAACAUCAUCCUAAUAUAUACAUUCACAAUAAUACUGUGUCAUUUUCAUCAUGGAUAUCAUACGCCUUGCGAACUUUAAUAUAAAAUUUUAGUAUCUGCAA